UAUCCCGAUUCGAUUACCAAUAAGAGUUGGUUAAAGUAGUAAGCAACUUGAUGUCACUUAAGGGAGGUUUCGAGUUCAAGCUUCACCAAAAUGUAGAAACUCUUGUUAGAAGACUCAUGGUAGGCAGGUUUGCGACUCGGGUCAAAUCCGAAUAACGUUAGAGCUAAACUUCAGUGUGGGCAUACUUAAAAAAAAAAAUCCUUGUCGGAUCAUAAGACAUAAGUCACAUAACUAUGACAUCAACAUUGCCUCUCUCCUCAACUCAAUCAAUCAAAACCUUAAUUCCAAAAAUAGAGUCGGCUACAUGAACCAAAUUUGAUUAUUCCGUGUAAUCAUUGACGGAAUAGGUAUCACCUAAUAAAAUUACCUAAAUGCCCCUGAAAUGUGGAGUAAUGGGUUUACCAUUAUCAGCUUACAAAGAAAAAAAACCGGAUGAAUGUAGUCCCCACCUUCUCCUCCUGCUACUCUCUCUCAGUUCUCCAUUGAAGUGCACUCAACGUUCUCCAUUGAAGCGCCUUCUGAUACUUUUAACUCCCAUUGAAGCAGCUUCUGAGGAUUGCCAUUUUGUCGUGUCCGUUUUGUACCCGUGUCUGUGCCUGUAUCCGAACUGGUGCAUCCUAUCAUAACACCCAUUCUACACCACCCCCGUGCAAAAAUGCUAACCACCGUGCACCACCACCAACGAGUCCUCCUCCUUCACCACUCUCCUCACUUCAUUCUCUCUCCUAAACCUCUCCACUCCUUCACUCUCAAAUGCCUCUCUUCUUCCUCAACCGCCUCUCAACCCGUCACUCAACCACCCACUACAAACUUACCCACUUCCCAAAUCCUCUCAAUCCGCCAUUCUCUCCUUACCCGCCAACUUACCGCUGUCGAAAUCGCUGAGUCUUACUUGACUCGCCUCCGAAUCACUGAACCCAAACUCAGGAGCUUCUUGCAUAUUGCUGAUGAAGAGAGUAUUUUGAGGCAGGCUGAAGAGGUUGACAGGAAGAUUGAGAGGAAUGAAGAAGUGGGGUUGUUGGGUGGUGUUUUGGUGGGUGUUAAGGAUAAUAUUUGUACUUCUGAUAUGCCUUCUACUGCCGGUUCGAAGAUUCUAGAUGGGUAUCGGCCACCUUAUGAUGCAACGGCCGUGAAGAAGGUAAAAGAGUUGGGUGGAAUUGUUGUCGGGAAGACUAAUUUGGAUGAGUUUGGGAUGGGUAGUACCACUGAAGGUUCUGCUUUUCAGGUGACCACAAAUCCUUGGGAUGAGUCAUGUGUACCAGGUGGAUCAUCUGGUGGCUCAGCUGCAGCCGUUUCUGCAAGGCAAUGUGUGGUGUCUCUGGGAAGUGACACAGGUGGUAGUGUGAGACAGCCCGCAUCUUUUUGUGGGGUUGUUGGAUUGAAGCCAACAUAUGGGCGUGUCUCAAGAUAUGGACUUGUGGCUUAUGCAUCAUCAUUGGAUGCUAUAGGCUGCUUUGGUACAUCGGUUGCUGAUGCAGGGAUUCUUCUUCAAGCAAUUUCUGGGCAUGAUAGAUUUGAUUCUACAAGUAGCAUGCAAGAAGUUCCAGAAUUCAUAUCCAAAUUCACUUCUUCAAAUAUCCUGGAGUCCAGGCCACUCCAAGGACUCAGAGUUGGUAUUAUUCGUGAGACUCUUGAAGACGGUGUUGAUGCAAAUGUGGUGUCUUCAAUUCGUGAAGCUGCUUCACAUCUGGAAGACCUUGGCUGUUCUGUGACAGAAGUGUCACUGCCUUCUUUUUCACUUGGGCUUCCAGCUUACUAUGUACUUGCCUCCUCCGAGUCUUCAUCCAACUUAUCACGUUAUGAUGGUGUUAGGUAUGGGAAUCAGGUAACUGCUGAUGAGCUAACAAAUUUAUAUGGAGAAUCCCGAGCUAGAGGGUUCGGUCCUGAGGUAAAAAGGAGAAUAUUAAUGGGAACAUAUGCCCUUUCGGCGGGUUACUAUGAUGCAUAUUAUAAGCGUGCACAACAGGUGAGAACUGUGGUUCGAAAAAGCUUCAAAGCUGCACUGGAUGAAAAUGACAUUCUUAUUUCACCUGCUGCACCCUCUGCUGCAUAUAAAAUUGGUGAAAAGAAGAAUGAUCCAUUGGCAAUGUAUGUUGGUGACAUAAUGACGGUCAAUGUGAACUUGGCUGGUUUGCCAGCAUUAGUUUUGCCUUGUGGUUUUUCUGAAGGUGGGCCUGCCAGUCUUCCUGUUGGACUACAGAUGAUAGGUGCUGCAUUUGAUGAGGAGAAACUUCUCAGGAUUGGACAUGUCUUUGAGCAAACACUCAAAGGUCACAGCUUUGUCCCUCCAAUUGUAUCAGCCGGUUUUGCUUCAUAGCUUGUAAACUAGCAUCUCAACUUCUCAAGAGAGGCGUGAUCAUUCAUGACAGUUUGUCUGCAUUUCAAGAAGGUUUUGCAGACAAUUCGACUUUUGGAACUCUCAAGACCAAGAGCCUAAUUUUUAAUAGGAUAGAAUAUAGUAGAAGUGAUGAGGAGUUUUGAUGCCUUGACGGAGCAUUUACAUGCAAGCCUUGAUUUGCUUGUCCCUGGUGCAUAUGUUGCUUCUCGUAUUGUUGGUGCCUACAUAACCCAUGUAAUUCUUGAUCAAAUAUGAGCCAUUGUUAGAUGAUCUUCAUUUUAUGCCUGCCUAUUAUUUGUAAUUUGAUAAUAAUGUUGAUUGCUCAAUAAAAUUCUUAUUUCUAGUGAUUCA